AUGGCGGCCGCGGUGCUGGCGGCGCCGGAGGGCGGCUCUGCCGUGAUAGCGGCGGGGAACGCGGCGGCUUGUCCUCCGCCACCUGGUCCCUCAGGUCCGGGUUCGUGGAGCCGCUCCUUGGACCGAGCCUUAGAAGAAGCGGCGGCCAGCGGUACCCUCAGUUUGAGCGGCAGGAAGCUCCGCGACUACCCGCGGGCCAGCGCCGCCAACCACGACCUCAGCGACACCACCCAGGCCGAUUUGUCACGGAACAGACUGUCAGAGCUUCCAGCAGAAGCAUGUCACUUUGUCUCCCUCGAGAGUCUUAACUUGUACCAGAACUGCAUUCGAUAUAUCCCAGAGGCUGUUUUGAACUUACAGUCUUUAACAUUUCUAAAUAUCAGUCGAAACCAGCUUUCAACAUUGCCAGUACACCUCUGUAGUCUGCCACUAAAAGUUUUGAUAGCAAGUAAUAACAAGUUGGUUUCAAUACCUGAAGAAAUUGGACAGCUCAGACAGCUGACAGAGCUUGAUGUGAGCUGUAAUGAAAUACAGACAAUUCCUCCACAGAUUGGCAAUUUGGAAUCCUUGCGGGACCUAAAUGUCAGAAGAAAUAAUUUGGUGCGUUUACCUGAAGAGCUUGCUGAGUUGCCUUUGAUUCGAUUAGAUUUCUCCUGCAAUAAAAUAACAACAAUACCAGUUUGUUAUAGGAACCUCAGACAUCUGCAGACCAUCAUGUUAGAGAACAACCCUCUCCAGUCACCCCCUGCACAGAUAUGUAUAAAAGGAAAAAUUCACAUAUUUAAAUACCUGAACAUAGAAGCAUGCAAGAUAGCUCCAGACUUGCCUGAUUAUGAUAGAAGACCCAUGGGAUUUGGAUCUUGCCAUGAGGAACUCUAUUCCAGUCGUCCGUAUGGAGCACUUGAUUCUGGCUUCAAUAGUGUGGACAGCGGAGACAAAAGAUGGUCAGGGAAUGAACCAACAGAUGAGUUCUCAGAUCUCCCUUUACGUGUGGCAGAGAUCACUAAAGAACAGAGACUGCGAAGAGAAAGUCAGUAUCAAGAAAACCGAGGGAGCACGGUCAUAACUAAUGGUGGAGUGGAACAUGAUCUCGAUCAGAUCGACUAUAUUGAUAGCUGUGCCACAGAAGAGGAGGAGGAAGAGGUGAGGCAACCCAAGUGCAUGGACUCAGACAGCCUCAGCUCACAAUUCAUGGCAUAUAUUGACCAGCGGCGAAUCUCUAAUGAGGGCUCAGCGGUAAAGCCUGUAUCCAUCAGAGAAUUUCAGAGAACAGAGGAUACAAGACGAUAUUUACAUCAAAACAGGGAUACUGAUGAAUUACGAAGACCUGAAACUCUAAAUUUGAUGCAGGACAGAGAGCAUCACCAAGUACUAAGGAGUUAUGUGGACAGGACAGAGAGACCCCCGGCUGAUUCACCUUACUUUCUCUCUCUAUCAAGUCACCACAGUCAGGUGCCAAAUACAGAUCCCGAGCUGCACCGCAGGCACAUAGAGCGUACCCGUCGGGAGGCCCAGCUAGCAGCGCUUCAGUACGAGGAGGAGAGGAUGCGAACAAAACAGAUUCAGAGGGAAGCUGUCCUUGACUUUGUUAAGCAAAAAGCAUCCUUAAGUCCUCAGAAGCAAAGUCCUCUGGAUAGUGAGUGUCCCUUUCCAUCCAGAAGGUCUCAGCAUACUGAUGAUAGUGCCUUGUUAGUGAAUGGCUUUGAGCCUCUCUUUGUGUUUGAGAUUGACAGUAACACCAAUACCAUUAAAAGAAGGCCAGGGACUCGCAAACAGUCACUCUCAGGGUUGAAUCAAGAAAGCUGUGCUACUACCCUGCCUAAUGCCUCUACCUUCAGUCCUGUCAAGAGUGAUGACAGAUCUACCAUCUCCCCCGGCUCACCUACCACUCAGACAGUCCACCUUUCCCCUCCAUAUCCUGGCCAUGCAGCCCCGCCUUCCCAUAGAAACCCUUCCCAGCGACCUGAGAGUUUCCUUUUCCGAGCAGCUGUCAGGGAUGAAGCAAACAAAGCUGUUACUUCAUCUUCUACCCGUGCCUUGUCUCCUGCUAAUGAUUCUGCAGACCCUAGAGUAAGACAAAACUCCAAACAGCGAGAGGAGGAGCUGGAGCUAAUAGAGCAGCUACGUAAGAAUAUAGAAUCACGGUUGAAAGUGUCGUUGCCCAGUGAUCUUGGAGCAGCUCUCACUGAUGGUGUUGUUCUGUGCCAUUUAGCUAAUCACGUGCGUCCCCGAUCUGUUCCCAGCAUUCAUGUCCCCUCACCUGCUGUUCCUAAACUUACAAUGGCAAAAUGCAGACGAAAUGUGGAGAAUUUCUUGGAAGCUUGCAGAAGGAUUGGAGUGCCUCAGGACAAUCUUUGUUCCCCUUCUGACAUUCUUCAGCUAAACCUCAGCGUUAAAAGAACAGUUGAGACUCUUCUUUCCCUGGGGACAGAUUCAGAAGAAUCCAGUCUUGUCUCCCUUUCCAUUCAGCUCUGGGGCUUUGUGGUGUUUUACUGUACUCUAAUGCUAACGCUCUGUAUGUUCUAUCGCUGGGUCUUUUUUCUCUAG